AUGGAGUCGAGGAAUGGUUACACCCCACAUAUGUUGUUGCAAAUGCAAAGGAGGGAAAUGGCAUAUGCUGGACAUGAGGUUAUCAACUUCAAUAUUGAAAGAGGGUUGUUCAAUAUUCAAACUACACCGCGCCAGCCAAAUAAGGGUCGAAAUAUUCAAACAGUUGACAUAAAGGGAUAUGCUGCUUGUUGCCUUGUUGGAUCGCCAGUCGCCGGCGAGAAACCACCUCCGAAUCCACCAUGGCUACCAAAGUCGGAACAGUUAAAGUGUGGUCUCUUCGUCUUCAUCUUCAAGUGCUUAUGCUAUCGUCAAUCUCCAUCUUCCUCUUCACCAAAGUCGGAAUCGUCAAUCUCCAUCUUUGAUCUGGAAUGGACUCUAACCAGUCCCGAAGCUAUUUGCAUCCUCGGAUCUGGAACUUCUGCUUCCUCUGUUGCCGCUGUCUCUGGCACAAAGAGAGCCGUUGAUUCUGUUGCCCAAGAAGUUGUUGCUGCUGCUAGCGUUGUUGUGGGAUGGCUGCCUAUAAGGGCUUAUAGGAUGAAAAGCUUGGCUAACCAGGCAAAGAUUCUGACCUCUGAAGAAGAUGAGACAUGCGAGGAUGAUAAAUUUAAGGAUACUUCAAAGAAAAAAGUGUACAAUGGUAGCAGUAAGAACAAAACUGUUGCUAUGGAAAAAGGACAUCUUGGGUUUGUUAAGGUUAACAUGGAUGGAUUGCCAAUAGGGAGGAAAGUGGAUCUAAAUGCUCACACUUGCUAUGAGACUUUAUCCCAAGCACUGAAGGACAUGUUUUUUAAUCCCACCACGUGCAUCACUUCCAUUCGUUCGAGUGGAGAGAGUGAGCAAGCAAGAAAGGCCUCCAAGCUUUUGAAUGGAUCAUCUGAAUUUGUGCUCACUUAUGAAGAUAAGGAGGGGGGUUGGAUGCUCAUAGGAAAUGUUCCUUGGGAAAUGUUCCUCAACACAGUGAAGAGACUUAGAAUCAUGAAGACAUCAGAAGCUAAUGGAGUUGGUACCUAA